UCGCUAGUUCAGGCGCUGUCGCAGUCUGCCUUUCUUGCCGUGGUGCGCCGGGCAGCGGUCCGCCGCCGGUAACGAUUAAGCCUGCUCGCGAAGUUUGGUGGCCGCCGAUUGCGAACGUGCUCAACGUGUUCAUUGAGCGUGCGCCCCGUGAACGUCUUGCGCGCGGAUUCAUAUUAGACAUGCCAGGAAAAAAGCAUAAGGUUAAGGGGAAGACCCUCAACCUAAAUGACUUUUUGGGUGGCGAUCAGGAAGCACCGUCGGGAUAUGCCGUGGUCAACACUCGUCGUAUCAACUGGGCGGACACCAUGGAAAAUGAAGCCGUCGACGUAGAGAAGUUCACCAUCGACUACAAGAGGGACGAAAAGAUCAUCCUCCCGACUGCUCCAAAGGCUGCCCGAGGCCCGGACGUGGACUUGUCCAGGGUUCCAAACCGGCCACCCUACACGGUCUACCUGGGCAACCUUCCCUACGACGUCUGUGACGAAGACGUCAUCAAAUUUUUCCGCGGCUUGAAGGUGUCGUCUGUGCGUCUGCCUAGAGAAAGUGGCGACAAGGGUCGUAUGCGUGGCUUUGGCUAUGCUGAGUUCCCGGACCGUAGCACCCUCUUGGAGGCCCUGGGUUACAACAAUGAGAACCUGAAGGGCCGGUCCUUAAAAGUGAGCCUAGCCGAGGAACAUGACAACGAAGGCCGUGAGCGCGGAAACCGUGACAUCGGCCGAAGCGACCGAUCGUUAGGCGGUGAUUGGCGAUCGAUGUCGAGGGACGACGGGGAAGAGGACCGGAGAGAGUCCUCCUUUGGUGGUAGCCGAGGAUUUGACGAUGAUGGCGGCUACCGUCGGCCUGGAUUCGGGGGGGGCUUUGACCGAGACGGGGACCGUGACCGGUACUCGAGAGACCGACCUCGUGGGUUCGGAGACCGCGACCAAGGCUUCGACCGCGGCUUCGAGCGCAGGAGUGGGCUCGGCGGCUACGACAGGCCACGGGACAGAGACUUCGACAGGGAUCGAGGAUUUGGUAGUGGCAGGCGAGAGUAUGGCAGCAGCUACAGGGAUGACCGCAGUGGCCCCGAUGACCGGGACGACCGGGAACAACAGGACUCUGGGCCGCGGGAACGCAAGAAGCUGCAGCUCAAGCCUCGCUCUGUGCCCGUGGAGGCUAACAAAGAGGAGCCUGUUGCCGCUGCCGCUGCUGCACCCCAGGCCCCACAGCCUGCACCUAAGGCCUCCUCGUCCAUCUUCGGCGGAGCACGGCCCGUGGACACGGCUGCCCGAGAGCGUGAGAUCGAAGCACGGCUCGCUCGGCAGCGGGAGGAAGAAGAGCGCCGGCAGAUCCGGGACCGGGAGCCAUUUCAAGACAGUCGCAAGGAUGACCGUGUGAGGCGCUCUAGUGUCGGCUCGGGGUCGGGGCGAUCGCGGCGCUCCUCGGAGUCCGGUAGGGACUCCCAUGACGACGGGGGACGGCAACCACUGUCGCGGCAGUAUAGCAACGACAGCGACCAACAUUCACAAAGUAGCAGGCACGGCUCUCAAGGCUACGAUGCACCAGUUCGAGGUGAAGCGGGAGAUCCUGCCAAGCGGCCGGCUGACCGCAUCCGGCGUCCGGACUCUGGUGGUAGUGGGCCAAGAGACGGGCCCCCCAGCCGUAAUGGCGGCGACAGGCCACUCUCGAAACAAGACCUCACUUCUGGCAACAAGAGUGAUGACGGCAAAGAAGUGGUGUACACAAGCAGGAACAUCUACGCACAUCUGCAGCAAGAAGAUGGAGACGAAGUCUCUGAGUAAAAAGCUGACUGUGACGUCAACGAUGAUGCCUGUGCACCCUCUUCUUCUCCACGGCCCCAGCGUCGUUGGUUUAGUGACUCUUGCUGAAGAAGUGCCCCCCUCCUCCUCCUCUCCUUUUGCUCUCCCUCUCACCUUGCAUCUUCUUUCAUGCCUGGCUGCAUUUUUUUUUUCUCUUCUUUCCUUUUACAAUCAACCUUCAUGCGCAAGCACUUCUAGAUUUUUUUUUUUUCUCUAUUGACUGCCUAAAAAUAGCUUUUUUUCUUUCCUGUCUUGUAGAAACUUUCCUUCCACAAUUGACAUUGCUCUAAUGCAUGUUUAGGUUUAUUUAGUUCUUGUGCGUGCCAUGGGACAUCUUGCUGCAGCCUGUGGGAGCUCGCUUCCAUCCCGAAAGAAAUAUAUAUAUAUAUACAUAUAUAUAUAUAUUAAUAAAAGGCAGCACAUGGCGUACGGACGCAGCCAAAAUUUCAAAAGGUCAUUUUUAUUGACAGUAUAUACACGGCUGCUUCAUUUUCCCAGGUAUUGUAAGCCAAGUUAAAUUUGUAUUUAUUACCCUCCGUUGCAUCGGUAUUCAGCAACUUGCGUGUACCACUGGUGUGCAUAAGAGAAGUGGCUGUCCUUGGGACUGUUGAACUGUUCUUGGCCUUUUUUUGGCAGGCUGUAAAUAUACAAUCAGGUUUGUAUAUUUUUUUUCUUCCCCUUCUCGUAAGUCGGCCUUCGUUUACCAUAGGUGCUCUGUUGGCUGCCUAGUUGACCUUUAAACUCCAGCACUUUGCUGUAGCUCUAAAGUGUGUAGCGAUAGCCACGUCGGACUCUUGCAUGCUGCCGAUCAAAAAAACCAGACGCUAGUGGCUGACCGUCUUGUCCCUGAAACAUAGUGGUCUUUUUAAAUAGCAAAAUGGACUGCGAUAACUUUUUUUUUGCCUGCUUGUGCACUGUUGUGUACGACAUAAUGCACAUACUCGUGAGACAUGUACAUACCUAAGUAGUUUUUCGUUUAUUUUGCUUGCAAUUGUGGUUGCAGGAAUGCGUGACAUCAAGGAUAUUUUUUUUUUUUCGAAAGCCUUCUGCUGUCAAUGCAGCAUCUCGGGCCUUGGUUUUGCCUUCGGGCCAGUGUCACGAGAGGUUGGUAACCUUUUUCUAGGAAAAAGGUUGCAAGAUGAAAAAAAAAAAAAAAGCUACUGAAGGUUUGUAGUUGUCUGGUAGAGAGCAGUGUACAUAACUUUUUAAUUGAAAGAAUGAUCACUUCUUAAUGUAAUGUUUUGCUUGUUGCUGCAGCGUGUAUUCGCGAGAUGCAGACUUCUUUGGUACAACAAAGAGUAUGCUUGCUUUUUUCCUUCCCUCUUCAUCGGCUGGGUUGAGGAAAUAAAAGUAAAUGCUAUGCUUGUGGAA